AUGGCAGACUCUGAUGCGCAGGAGACUCGCCAACCCGCAAAGGAGUCGCCGUUCUCCAUAAAGAACCUGCUGAAUAUUGAGGACAAACCCACGAAGCCGAAGAGCUUCCUCGGUUCGUCCAAAGGAGUGUUCGAAGGCAGCUUGUUCUCUCGGCUCGGAGACUUGUCUUUCCCCCGAUUUGAGCUGCCCACACAGAGAAUUGGACUAUCAGCGCAGUAUCUGGAGAGAGCUUCGACCUGGUGGUACCCGUACACGCUCGGGACUCAUCUAAGGACCGCAGGAUCUGAGAAGGCCAGCCUCAGAGAAGCAUCGCCGGCUCCGGACAGACGCUCCCCGGAUCUCCAGAAAAGCGACCAGGAUGCCAAAGAAGAAAGCGCCGAUGACGAUAUCGCGCUGGAUGAGAGUGACUCCGAGGAGCCAAAGAAAGAAAUAGACCAGGAGGACGACUGGAGGAGAAAAACGGACGAGCUGGACCCGGACAGGAAGCCCUGCCGGAAGAAGAAGACGCGCACAGUGUUUUCCAGGAGCCAGGUCUUCCAGUUGGAGUCCACCUUCGACAUCAAGCGCUACCUGAGCAGCUCGGAGAGGGCAGGCCUGGCCGCGUCCCUGCACCUGACGGAGACGCAGGUGAAGAUCUGGUUUCAGAACCGGAGGAAUAAGUGGAAAAGGCAGCUGGCCGCGGAGCUGGAGGCGGCCAACCUGAGCCACGCGGCGGCGCAGAGGAUUGUGCGGGUUCCCAUACUUUACCACGAGAACGGAGGCUCGGACACGGCCGGGGGCUCCGCGGCAAACUCACCCGGGAGCCAGUCGCUGCUGGCUUUCCCCCACCACAUGUACUAUUCCCACCCGGUGCCACUGCUGAGGCCUGUUUAACACCGACCGAGUCACGAUGGGCUGUAUAUAAUGUUUUUAAAUGACAAUGAACAAAAAAAAUGAAAUACAGUUUUGUAUAUUUUGUAGAGUCAUCGGACACAAGGCUAGAUUAUUAUUAUUGAUUAUUGUUAUUAUUACUAUUAUUCUAUGUAAUCAUCUUUAAUUCUGCUGAAGCGCACUUGAACAAGAGGUCCCUUUUACUGAUCUAAUUGAUGUUACAAGAGGGACAAUCUAAAACUAUUAUUAUUAUUAUUAUUAUUAUUAUUAUUAUUAUUAUUAUUAUUAUUAUUAAUUUUGUUAUUAUUAUUAUUAUGAUUGAAAUGGUGGGUUUAAAGAAUACAAUUUGAAAAACAAAUGAGCUGGUUUUAAACAGGGUUUGACUGUCCAUAUGUAUUUUACAGAGAUUUGUGUCUGUGUUUGUAGCAAAAAAAGAAAAAAAAAAAAGAAAAAGAAAAGAAAAAAGAAGAACAAAAAAGAAAAGUGGAAUUUAAUAUUUUGAUAUUUUCUAAUAUUGUGCAAUAUACCGUUGGCUUCACAUUAUUGGGCUACCAGCCUUUGUCACCUACAGUUCACUUUUACAGAAACAAAACAAACAAAAAAAAACAGCAACGAUGCUUUUUCUCUCUUUGUAACAGUGAGGACAAUCAUGUGAUCCCGACAAACUGCAGGUGAUAGGAUAUUGUUUUUAUUAUGACGAAAAUGUUUUUUUUUUUUUUGCCGGUGAUUUUAAAGCCAUGGAAGAGCCAAAAAUAGCCUCUGUUUUUUGUGUA